UCUUUGAACAUACAGACGGAGUCCGCACAUAUGGCUAUGCUCGCAUUUGCAUAAAAGUUUGUAGUAGUCAAAACCCAGUACUACUUUUUUCUUCUAUUUAGUCUUCUUCUUCCCUUAUCUUUCUCUCUCACAAAGAAAAUCUUCUUGAUUGACGAUGGAGGCGAGAAGGCGAAGUGAGUGUUUCCCGAUGAUGGUGUUGUUCUUCGUGGGUUUGUGCGGGACAUUUCAAGGCUGUUUUGUGGAAGCCGAGAACAAUGGAAAGUCAGCACCACCGGCGGCUGCUAAUCGAUUCCGCUCUUCUGUUGUUUUUCCGAUUGAAGGAAAUGUUUAUCCCAUCGGGUACUACUAUGCGAUGGUCAAUAUUGGCAACCCACCCAAGCUUUACGAUUUGGACAUUGAUACCGGCAGUGAUCUCACUUGGGUCCAAUGUGACGCACCUUGUGUGAGUUGCACCAAGCCCCGCGAGAGUCUUUACAAGCCCAAAAGGAACCUUGUGCGAUGUCAGCAUCCCUUAUGCGCAGCCAUCCAGGUGCCAGAAACACGCCAUUGUGAAUCCCCAACCGAUCAAUGCGACUAUGAGGUUGACUAUGCUGAUACUGGUUCAUCGUCUGGUGUGCUGGUUGCAGACGUUAUUCCCCUACGACUUUCCAAUGGCUCUGUCAUUGCACCUCGGUUGGCAUUUGGGUGUGGGUAUGAUCAAAAGACUCCUGGUCCUGCCCCUGCACCUCCCACGGCUGGUGUCCUUGGUCUAGGCAGUGGCAAAGUUAGCCUCGUGUCACAAAUGUAUGCAAUGGCUAUAACACAAAAUGUGAUGGGGCACUGUUUAAGCGGGCAAGGUGGUGGGUUUAUAUUCAUAGGAGAUGAUCUGGUUCCUCCUGCAGGAAUUGUCUGGACACCAAUGACCACCUCUUUAAAGGAAUUCUACUCAUCAGGACCGACGGAACUCUUUUUUGGCGGAAAACCUUCUGGACUAAAGGGAUUUCAAGUUAUUUUCGAUAGUGGAAGCUCUUACACCUACUUUAAUUCUGAAGCAUACAAAACCACACUUAAACUGAUUAGGCAAGACAUAAAAGGAAAGCCUUUAAAAGAUGCACCUGAGGAAGAAGCUCUUCCAGUGUGCUGGAAAGGUGGAAAACCUUUUAAAUCCAUUCGUGAUGUCAGUAGCUACUUCAAGCCCAUGGUCCUGAUCUUUACAAAAUUAAAGAAUGUUCAGCUGCAGUUAGCACCCGAAGCCUACCUGAUUGUCACAGAGAAGGGAAAUGCGUGCUUGGGAAUUUUGAAUGGCACUGAAAUAGACCUGGGAAACUUGAACAUACUAGGAGACAUUUCUUUACAAGAUAAGAUGGUGAUUUAUGACAAUGGAAAGCAGCAGAUUGGAUGGGUUUCAACAGACUGCAAUAGGCUCCCCAAGUCCUGAAACCAUCCUUUGAUACUAUUCUUUCAUUUACAAGAAAGUAAAAGUUGGGGACUAUCUCACUCGGUUUUUUUUUUGCAUAAUGUUUAUUAACAGCUUGGAUCGUGAUUAUAUCGAAGAUUUUUCUCAGCCAUAUACAGCCAAUUUUGGUAUCUUAGAAGGGCAGUGUGCAGCACGCUAAUGCCUCUUAAGAAAGCGAGGAAGAGCCGAGGCAUGAGAAAAAGGUAGAAGUAGUUUCAUGGCAUUAUAUAGUAGAUAGUAGAUACAGACAUUAUGUCAAUAGAAGUUUUUUCUUUUGUUUUUGGGCAAGCUUGUUUUGGGGAGGGAGGACUUGAAAUACUUGACCUCGAGAUCAUGGUGAUGAUCCCAGGUAUAUAGACAUUUUUUUUUGCUGUAAAUGGCCUAUAAUGUAGAUGAUGUAAAAUGGGCUCUUGCUCCCAUAUACAAAUAGUGGAAUACAAAUGCUUGUUACAGA